AUGCAGGAGGGACCUGCUUCCGCACUCACCACACUCGCUGUUUUCCACUUUACUGACAAUGGCAUCCUGGUGGGUGUGAGGAACAUCUCCUGGGGGCCAAGCCUCCUGACUUUCACCCUGCAGGAUGGCUUCCCCUUGUCUUCUCGUGGCUACAGAAGCAAAGAGCCUCCUAAAACUGCCUCUGAAUCCUCCAAUCCUGACCUUCUGCAUGUGGCAGAAUGUUCAGAUUUCCUCUCUGCUUGGGGUUUCCUGCCUCUGACAUCAAGUGUCUUUGUGGCCAACGACUCUCCAACCUCUCCUUCUGCCCAGCAUGGCCAUGUGUACCAGUCACCUUUGCAUUACUUUGACAACGUAAGGGAAGAAGUAGAGGUGGCAGAGAUGUCACGCACGUUACAGGAUCGGAGCCCCCCGCCCCCGCCCCGGGAGCUGCGAGGUGCAAACGCGCCCUCCCCCAAACUCCUCCCGCCCCCAACUCUGGGCCGGGAGCGCGGCGGGCUCGGCCUCUCGGUUUCGCCUUCCUGCCCCGGGCCCCCAGCGCUGCGGGACCCGGCCCUGCAGAGCCCAGCCCCGCGCGUCCGCCCGCGGGGCAGCCUCCACGCGCGCCGCCCGGCAGCCUCCAAAGGACACAUCAUGACUGGGGAGAACCUGCAUUUAGCAAGGAGAGAUGCUGGAGCUCUCACCAUGGCCUGGGGACCCCGAGCUCAGCUCCUGCUGGCCUGGGUGGUCCUGUCAUGCAUGGUGGGUGGCCAUGGCCACUGGGAUGGGGCCAUGGAGCCUGCAGGUCCUGGGCGUGUGCGGAGACGAGGCAGCCCCGGCAUCUUGCAGGGGCCAAAUGUGUGUGGCUCACGCCUUCACCCCUACUGCUGCCCUGGCUGGAGGACGCUGCCUGGUGGGAGCCAGUGUGUCGUGCCCGUCUGCAGGCACGCCUGCGGUGAGGGCUUCUGCUCCCAGCCCAACCUGUGUACCUGUGCCGAUGGGACGCUGGCCCCCAGCUGCGGGGUGAGCCGAGGGCCAGGGUGCAGUGUGAACUGCAUGAACGGGGGCAGCUGCCAGGGAGAGUCCUGUCUGUGCCAAAGAGGCUACACGGGCACUGUGUGCGGACAGCCCGUCUGUGCCCGGGGCUGCUAUAAUGGCGGCCGCUGCAUUGGUCCCAACCACUGCGCCUGUGUGUACGGCUUCAUGGGGCCUCAGUGUGAGAGAGACUACCGGACAGGGCCCUGCUUUAGCCAAGUGGGCCCUGAAGGGUGUCAGCGCCAGCCCACCAGCCUCGUGUGCACUAAGGCGCUCUGCUGUGCCACCGUGGGCCGUGCCUGGGGCCUUCCGUGUGAGCUGUGCCCCGCACAGCCGCACCCCUGCCGCCGCGGCUUCAUCCCCAGUGUCCGCACCGGGGCUUGCCAGGAUGUGGACGAGUGCCGGGCGGUGCCAGGCCUGUGCCAGGGGGGCAGCUGCAUCAACACCGUGGGCUCCUUCGAGUGCCGCUGCCCAGCUGGACACCGGCUCAGCGACAGUGGCGCGAAGUGUGAAGACCUCCGGAUGGGCGCCUGUUUCUCCGUACUAAUCGGGGGCCUCUGUGCUGGAGACCUUGCCGGUCAUUACACUCACCAGCAGUGCUGCUGUGACAAGGGCCGGUGCUGGGCAGCUGGCCCAGUCCCUGAGCUGUGUCCUCCGCUGGGCUCUGCUGAGUUCCAGCGACUCUGUGCUCAGGGGCUCCCGCUGCUGCCUUCUCACCCGGGACCCUUCCCAGGCCUCUCGGGCUUCGGACCCAAUGGUGUGGGUCCUGUUCCGGGGCCGGCACGACACGGGCCUCACAGCUCCGGUGGGCGUGGGGUCCCCAGUCUGGGCCCUGUUACCUCCAACAGUGGUACAGCCACUCUGAACCAAACCAUUGACAUCUGUCGGCACUUCACCAACCUGUGUCUCAACGGCCGCUGCCUGCCUACCCCUGCCAGCUACCACUGCGAAUGCAACUUGGGCUACACCCAGGAUGUGCGGGGCGAGUGUAUUGACGUGGACGAAUGCUCAAGCAGCCCCUGCCACCGUGGUGACUGUGUCAACAUCCCCGGCUCCUACCACUGCCGGUGCCACGAGGGUUUUCAGGCCACACUCACCAAGCAGGCGUGCGUGGAUGUGGAUGAAUGCACUGUGAGUGGCGGCCUCUGCCAUCUUGGCCGCUGUGUCAACACGGAGGGUAGCUUCCGGUGUGUCUGCCACGCAGGCUUUGAGCUCAGCCCUGAUGGCAGGAACUGCGUGGACCACAACGAGUGUGCCACCCACACCAUGUGCCUCAACGGCGUGUGCAUCAAUGAGAACGGCAGCUUCACCUGUCUCUGCAAACCUGGCUUCCUGCUGGCACCUGGUGGCCGCUACUGCGAGGACAUGGACGAGUGCCAGACGCCAGGCAUCUGCAUGAACGGCCACUGCACCAAUACCCAGGGCUCCUUCCUCUGCCAGUGCCUGGGGGGGCUGGCGGUGGGCGCGGAUGGCCGCGCCUGUGUGGACACCCACGUGCGCAGCACCUGCUUCGGAGCCGUGCAUAAGGGAUCCUGCGCCCGCCCCUUCCCGGGAACAGUCACCAAAUCUGAGUGCUGCUGCGUCAGCCCAGACCACGGGUUUGGGGAUCCCUGCCAACCUUGUCCUGCCAAGAACUCUGCCGAGUUCCAGGUGCUGUGCAGCAGCGGACUUGGCAUCACCACGGAUGGUCGAGACAUCAACGAGUGUGCCCUUGAUCCCGAGGUCUGCACCAAUGGCAUGUGCGAGAACCUUAGGGGCAGCUACCGCUGCAUCUGCAACCUGGGUUAUGAGGCAGGAGCCACAGGCAAGGAGUGCAUCGACGUGGACGAGUGUGCCCUCAACAGUCUCUUGUGUGACAACGGGAGGUGCCGGAAUAGCCCUGGUAGCUAUAGCUGCUCCUGCCCCCAGGGUUUCAGCUUCCGGCAGGAUACAGAGACCUGUGAAGACAUCAACGAGUGCCUGUCCAGCCCCUGUGUGAACGGUGUGUGCCGAAACCUGGCGGGCUCCUACGCCUGCGAAUGCGCCCCUGGCAGUCGGCUGGAGCCCUCUGGUACCGUGUGUGUAGACAGCACAAAAGGCACUUGCUGGCUGCAGAUCCAGGAUGGCCAUUGUGAGGUGAACCUGCAGGGAGCCGCUCUGCGGUCUGAGUGCUGCGCCACCCUCGGGGUCGCCUGGGGGAGCCCCUGCGAACGCUGCGAGAUCGACCCUACCUGUGCACGUGGAUUCGCCCGAAUGAAGGGUCUCACCUGCGAAGAUGUGAACGAAUGUGAGUCCUUCCCGGGCAUCUGUCUGAACGGGCGCUGCCUCAACACGGCUGGCUCCUUCCGCUGCGAGUGUCCCCAGGGCCUGAAGCUGGACGCCUCGGGCAGGCUCUGUGUGGACGUGAGGCUGGAGCUGUGUUUCCUGCGCUGGGACGAGGACGACUGUGGGGUCCCCCUGCCCGGCAAGUACCGGAAGGACACUUGCUGCUGCUCCAUUGGGGCUGCCUGGGGUGCUGAGUGCGAGGCCUGUGGGGGGCCCGACUCCCCGGAGUUCGCCAGCCUGUGCCCCCGAGGACGGGGCUUCGCCCCCCAGGACUUCCUGUCUGGCAGGCCCUUCUAUAAAGAUGUGAACGAGUGCAAGGUGUUCCCCAGCAUCUGUACCCACGGCACCUGCCGCAACACCGUGGGCAGCUUCCACUGCUCCUGUACCGGGGGUUUCGCCCUGGAUGCCCAGGAGAGGAACUGCACAGAUAUCGACGAGUGCCGCAUCUCCCCCGACCUCUGCGGCCAGGGUGCCUGUGUCAACACUCCGGGCAGCUUUGAGUGUGAGUGUUUCCCUGGCUACGAGAGCAGCUCUGUGCUGAUGAAGAACUGCAUGGAUGUGGACGAGUGUGCAAGGGACCCGCUGAUGUGCCGGGGAGGCACCUGCACCAACACGGAUGGGAGCUACGAGUGCCGGUGUCCCACAGGACAUGAACUGGUGGCCAAGGGCACUGCCUGUGAGGACAUCGACGAGUGUGCCCUGAGUGACAGCCUGUGUCCGCACGGCCAGUGUGUCAACGUCAUUGGUGCCUUCCAGUGCUCUUGCCACGCUGGCUUCCAGGGCACGCCUGACCGCCAGGGCUGUGUGGACAUCAAUGAGUGUCAAGUGCAGAAUGGUGGCUGUGAAGUGCACUGCGUUAAUACUGAAGGCAGCUUCCGGUGCGGCUGUGGACAAGGCUACUUGCUGAUGCCUGAUGGGAGGACCUGUGCAGAUGUGGACGAGUGUGAAGAGAACCCAGACAUCUGUGACCGGGGCCAGUGCACCAACACGCCCGGGGGUCAUCGCUGCCUGUGUUAUGAUGGCUUCACAGCCACUCCGGACAUGACAACAUGUGUCGAUGUGAACGAGUGUGACUUUAACCCUUACAUCUGCAUCCACGGGAUCUGUGAGAACACAAAGGGGUCCUUUGUGUGCCACUGCCAGCCAGGCUACGUCGUCAGGAAGGGGGCCACGGGCUGCUCAGAUGUGAACGAGUGUGAGCUUGGGGGACACAACUGUGACAGCCACGCCUCCUGCCUCAACGUCCCUGGGAGUUUCAGCUGUAGGUGCUGGCCAGGCUGGGUGGGGGAUGGCUUCGGAUGCCAGGACCUGGAUGAGUGUGCCCUCCGAGAGCACCGGUGCAGCCCGCGAGCCGACUGCCACAACACCCCUGGUUCCUAUCGUUGCGCCUGCCGCCAGGGAUUUUCUGGGGAUGGCUACUCCUGUGAAGACAGGGACGAAUGCGCUGCGGACAUGGACCUCUGUGAGAGCGGCCAGUGUCUCAAUGUACCUGGUGGCUUCCGCUGCGAAUGUGAGAUGGGCUUCAGCCCCACCGAGGACCACCGGGCCUGCCAGGACGUGGACGAGUGUGCUCUUGGGAACCUCUGCACGUUUGGGACCUGUGAGAACCUGCCUGGGAUGUUCCGCUGCAUCUGUGACGAUGGCUAUGAGCUGGACCGCAGUGGCGGCAACUGCACAGAUGCCAACGAGUGUGCAGACCCUGUGAACUGCAUCAACGGCCUGUGCGUCAACACCCCCGGCAGCUACUUCUGCAACUGCCCCCAGGAUUUCGAGCUGAACCCCAGUGGGGUGGGAUGUGUUGAUACCCGGGCUGGGAAUUGUUUCCUGGAGACCCUUGACCGAGGGGAUGCUGGCAUUUCCUGCAGUGCUGAGAUCGGAAUUGGCGUCACCCGAGCCUCCUGCUGUUGCUCCCUGGGCCGGGCCUGGGGCAACCCCUGUGAACUGUGCCCAAUGACCAAUGCCACUGAGUACAGAACCCUGUGCCCAGGUGGUGAGGGCUUCCGGCCCAACCCGGUCACUGUCAUUCUAGAAGACAUUGAUGAGUGCCAGGAGCUGCCAGGGCUGUGCCAGGGAGGGGACUGUGUCAACACAUUUGGCAGCUUCCAGUGCAAUUGCCCACCUGGAUACCACCUGAAUGAGGACACCCGCAUCUGUGAGGAUAUCAAUGAAUGCUCCACACACUCGGGCAUCUGUGGCCCUGGCACAUGCUACAACACCCUGGGGAACUACACCUGUGUCUGCCCUGCGGAGUACCUGCGAGUCAACGGUGGCAACAACUGCAUGGACAUGAGAAAGAGUGCCUGCUUCCGGCACUACAAUGGAACGUGUGGAAGUGAGCUGCCCUUCAACGUGACCCGGAAGACAUGCUGCUGCUCCUACAACAUUGGCCAGGCCUGGAACAGACCCUGCGAGGCCUGCCCCACUCCUGCCAGCCCUGACUACCAGGUCCUGUGUGGGGACCAAGUCCCGGGCUUCGUCAUUGACAUCCACACGGGGAAGCCCCUGGAUAUCGACGAGUGCGGGGAGAUCCCAGCCAUCUGUGCCCACGGUGUCUGCAUCAACCAGGUUGGGAGCUUCCGCUGCGAGUGCCCCCUAGGCUUCAGCUACAACAGCAUCCUGCUGGCCUGUGAAGAUGUAGACGAGUGUGCCAGUGGGGGGGGACCCUGCCGGAGGAACGCAGACUGCACCAACAUCCCCGGCAGCUACCGUUGCGAGUGUGCCCUAGGGUUCAAGCUGUCACCCAGCGGGGCCUGUGUGGGACGGAACGAGUGUCGAGAGAUCCCAAAUGUCUGUAGCCAUGGCGAUUGUGUGGACACAGAGGGCAGCUACACAUGCCUGUGUCACCGCGGCUUCCGGGCAUCGGCAGACCAGACCCUGUGCAUGGACCUUGAUGAGUGUGACCAACAACCGUGUGGAAAUGGGACCUGCAAGAACAUCAUUGGCUCCUACAACUGCCUGUGUUUCCCUGGCUUUGCAGCAACACACAAUGGGAAUUGUGUGGACAUUGAUGAGUGUACCACUCUGCUGGGGCAAGUGUGCCGAUUUGGCCAGUGCCUUAACACAGCCGGUUCCUUCAACUGUCUCUGCCAGGAUGGCUUUGAGCUCACAGCCGAUGGGAGAAACUGUGUGGACACCAACGAGUGUCUCAGCCUUGCGGGAACCUGCCUGCCAGGCACUUGCCAGAACCUCGAGGGCUCUUUCCGCUGCAUCUGCCCUCUUGGCUUCCAGGUGCAGAGCGACCACUGCAUAGACAUUGAUGAGUGCUUGGAAGAGCCAAAUCUUUGCCUCUUUGGUACCUGCACCAACAGUCCUGGAAGCUUCCAGUGCCUCUGCCCACCUGGCUUUGUCCUCUCCAACAACAUGCACCGUUGCUUUGACACAAGGCAGAGUUUCUGCUUCACACGUUUUGAGGCUGGAAAGUGCUUAGUGCCCAAAGCUUUCAACACCACCAAGACCCGAUGCUGCUGCAGCAAGAGGCCUGGGGAGGGCUGGGGUGACCCCUGUGAGCUCUGUCCUCAGGAGGGCAGUGCUGCUUUUCAGGAGCUCUGUCCCUUUGGCCACGGGGCAGUCCCAGGCCCGGAUGACUCUCGAGAAGAUGUGAAUGAGUGUGCAGAGAACCCUGGCGUCUGCGCUAACGGCGUCUGCAUCAAUACCGAUGGCUCCUUCCGCUGCGAGUGUCCCUUUGGCUACAGCCUGGACUUCACCGGCAUUAGCUGUGUGGACAUAGAUGAAUGCUCUGUUGGCCACCCCUGUGGAGAAGGUACAUGUACCAAUGUCAUUGGCGGAUUUGAAUGUGCCUGCGCAGAUGGCUUUGAGCCUGGCCCCAUGAUGACCUGCGAGGACGUCGAUGAAUGCUCCCUGAACCCGCUGCUCUGUGCCUUCCGCUGCCACAACACUGAGGGCUCCUACCUGUGCACCUGCCCGGCUGGCUAUGCCCUGCGAGAGGAUGGGGCCAUGUGUCGAGACGUGGACGAGUGUGCAGACGGGCCGCAGGACUGCCAUGCGCGAGGCAUGCUUUGCAAGAACCUCAUCGGCACCUUUGCGUGCAUCUGCCCCCCGGGGAUGCGGCCCCAGCCCAGCUCUGGGGAGGGCUGCACAGAUGAGGAUGAGUGCCACGCCCAGCCCAGCCCCUGCACCAAUGGCCGCUGCAUCAACACCGUGGGCAGCUUCCGGUGUGACUGUGACCAGGGCUUCCAGGCCAGCCCCACCCUCACUGAGUGCCUCGACAUCCGGCAGGGCCUGUGCUUCUCUGAGGUGCUGCAGGCCACGUGCCAGGCGCGGUCGAGCAACAACGAAGCUGUGCCCAGGGCUGUGUGCUGUUGCGGGGGCGGCCGGGGCUGGGGACCCCACUGUGAGCUCUGUCCUCUGCCUGGCACCUCCGCCCACAGGAAGCUGUGCCCCCAUGGCUCGGGCUACACUGCCGAGGGUCAAGAUGUGGAUGAGUGUCAUGUGCUUGCUCACCUGUGUCCCCACGGCGAGUGCAUCAACAGUAUUGGUUCCUUCCGCUGUCACUGCCAAGUUGGGUAUGCACCAGAUGCGGCUGCCACUGCCUGCCUGGAUGUGGAUGAGUGCAGCCAGGCCCCCAAGCCAUGUUCCUUCCUCUGCAAAAACACAGAUGGCAGCUUCCUCUGCGCCUGCCCCCGAGGCUACCUGCUGCAGGAAGAUGGCAGAACCUGCAAAGACCUGGAUGAGUGCUCCUCCAGGCAGCACAACUGCCAGUUCGUCUGUGUGAACACCAUUGGCUCCUUCACCUGCCGCUGUCCCCCUGGUUUCAUCCAGCGCCACCAGGCCUGCUUUGACAAUGACGAGUGCCUGGUGCAGCCUGGUCCGUGUGGCACCCAUGGACUCUGCCACAAUGACCCAGGUGGCUUCCACUGCGAGUGCUACCAAGGCUUCACCCCGGACAGCUCAGGCCAUGGCUGUGAAGAUGUGGAUGAAUGUGGUGGGCCACAUCACUGCCAACACGGCUGUCAGAAUGAGCUGGGGGGCUACCGCUGCAGCUGCCCCCAAGGCUUCACCCCGCAUUCCCAGUGGGCCCAGUGUGUGGACAAGAAUGAGUGUGCAUUGUCACCUGCGGCCUGUGGCAGCGCCUCCUGCCACAACACACUUGGAGGCUUCCGCUGCGUCUGCCCCUCUGGCUUUGACUUUGACCAGGCCCUUGGGGGCUGUGAGGACGUGGAUGAGUGUGCUGGACAGGGCAGCCCCUGCAGCUAUGGCUGUGCCAACACGCCCGGCGGCUUCCUCUGCGGCUGCCCCCGAGGCUACUUCCGCGCUGGGCAAGGGCACUGUGUCUCUGGUUUGGGCUUCAGUCCUGGAUCCUGGGACACCACAAAUCAGGAACAGCUCUCGCCCGAAGCCUGCUAUGAAUGCAAGAUCAAUGGCCUCUCCCCUCAGGACCGACCACGUCGCAGUGCUCACAGAGGCCACCAGGUGAGCCUGGCCACCCUUGACACAGAAAUCCCCCUGACCUUGGCCUUGAACCUCUCACAUCUGGGCCAGUCGGAGCAUAUCCUGGAGCUGCGUCCAGCUCUGGAGGGCCUGGGAGGCUGGGUGCACUACGUCAUUGCUCACGGCAACAAGCAAGGUUUCUUCCGCAUGCAUCACCUGGGCAGCCUCAGCUCCCUGCAGCUGGGACGACGGAGGCCCAGGCCUGGAAUGUACCAGCUGGAGGUGGUGAGCGUGGCAGGGCCCCGGGGUGUCUGGCCAGGUUCGGUGGGCCGGGCCUUGCGGCUAAAAGUGCAAUUGCAGCUGCUCUAG